UCUGCCAUAGCAAGGAAUUGAAAUUCCACUUGCGCUCUGUUUUCAUAGCUUCUAAUAUUGUGAUAGCUUAUUUCAAAUUUAUAAUUUCUAUAAAACGCUGCUUUAAUUUGUUAGCAACUGUAGUUUUAUAUCAUGACUCACGCAGUAUAAUACAUUUUAUGUUAUAUAAUGUUACAUAUUUUGAUAACCUUGUCAUUUGUUGCUAAAGAAAAUGUUUUUUCAUAACUUGAUGAUAAAUAAUAUUGUAAUAAAAUAUAAUUGGAGGCAGUACCAACAAUGUUUGAGGUUUUUAUCAUCACAAAGCCAUGAGCGUCAAGGACCAUUAGCUUUGUAUUCCGACAAAAUAUCCGAGGGAUCGCUGUCUCCAGAUUCCCACCAAGAAAAUGUUGUACAACAAUUACAAAAGGUGUAUGAUGAUAUAAUUACUUUCAAACGCCCAGCUAUCGAGCCGAAAAGAGGCAAAUUCUUUUCUUUUUUUGUGAGAAAGGAACCACAGAAGAUCAUAGCUCCAAAGGGCUUAUAUAUUUAUGGAAGUGUUGGUGGUGGCAAAACCAUGUUGAUGGAUUUAUUUUAUGAAACUGUACCGAUUAAAGAAAAAUUGAGGGUUCAUUUUAACUCAUUUAUGUUAAAUAUCCAUUCAAGGAUACAUGAGCUCAAAAUCAAGUCAGGAAAAGGUGCGAGUUCAUUCAAGGAGGAGGGAUCCAAACCAUUUGAUCCCAUCCCCCCAGUGGCUGCAGAUAUUACUCAAGAAUCUUGGCUUAUUUGCUUUGAUGAGUUUCAGGUAACAGAUAUAGGUGAUGCAAUGAUCUUGAAGAGGCUGUUCACACAACUCUUUGACAAUGGUUGUGUUGUGAUAGCAACCAGUAACAGACAGCCAGAUGACCUGUACAAAAAUGGAUUACAGCGUGCCAACUUCAUACCUUUUAUACCAAUUUUGAAAGCCCAUUGUGAUGUUAUUCAGCUGGAUUCUGGAAUUGAUUAUAGAAUGCGGGGAACUGGUAGCAAAUAUGGAAAAUGGUUCUUAAAUAGCGAAUUGCCACCAGGAAAUAAUGGAGUAGAAACAUUAUUCAAGUUUUUGAUAUCAAAAGAAAAUGAUACAGUCAGAGUGAGGGUGAUAAAUAUUUUUGGAAGAAAUGUUAAGUUUGCCAGGACUUGUGGACGAGUAUUGGAUUCAACAUUUGAAGAACUAUGUGAUAGACCCCUUGGCGCAAGUGAUUAUUUGAUAUUAUCAAAAACAUUUCACACUGUAUUUAUAAGAGAGUUACCUCAGCUUUCUAUAGUGCAGCAUCGGUCACAGAUAAGAAGAUUUAUAACACUUAUUGACACCUUUUAUGACAAUAGAGUUCGAGUUGUUAUUUCUGCUGAUUGUGAACCAAGAAAGCUAUUCAAUUUAGAUGAUGUCAAAGAAGGCUAUGGAGAUGCCGACAGAGCCCUUAUGGAUGAUUUAAGUAUCUCUAAAGAUUCUGAGGAUUCCAAGGCUGCUAUUUUCACUGGAGAAGAGGAAAAGUUUGCAUGCGAUAGAUGUCUGUCACGAAUAAUGGAAAUGCAGACUGAUGAGUAUUGGGAAAAGUGGAGCAAAAGCAUAUGAUAAUUAAUGUUGUAUAGUUUAAGUAAUUGCCAUGUGUUCAAUUAGUGAAAUUUUAAUUAGAAUUGUUAGUUAUCAGAUACAUAUAACAAAUAUCUAGAUUUUUUAUUUUUUUAUGCUGAUUUUCAGUUGUCUUCGAUUCAAUAGAUCUAUAUAGAUAGAUAUAUUGAGAUAUGAGAGAUAGAGUUAAACACAAAUAUUGUUUAGCAAUAAAAAUUUUGUUUUCAUUGUAGAAACUUUUCAAUAAUGUAAGGUUUCACUUGAAUAGAUAGAUAGUCAAAUUUUACAAAGUCUAUUUUAAAAAUUCUUUCAAUUUGAGUAAAUGUUGAAACAUAAAGCUUACUGUUUCUAUGUAUUCUUGAUCUUGAAUGCCUAUUAUAUCGGCAAGGCUGCAGAAUAUAUUUAUUCCUCAAAUAUAUUCAUACAGUCUAUGUGAGGUUAUUUGCCUACAUAUCUAUCUUGCGGAUUUAUUAACCACUCUUUUAUCUAUGAUAGAUAUCUUUGGUAGCUUUGUAAAACAACAUAUCUCUAAUUAUACAUAAUUAUUUAUGUAAUGUUUCCAUUAUCAACAUUGCUUGAAUCAAAAAAAUGUUACUUCCAAAAAAUGCGUACAAUAAUUAAAUGGUUGUAAUUUUUCUAUAAGAUACAUUAAUUCUUAGUGUAACAUUAUUUAAACACAUUUUGAUACAGUUUUGACUUUACUUGUACAAUUUAAUAGUUCAGUAUUAUGUGACAUUCGUUUUUUUUAAAAACGCCUUAUUAAUAAGCUGUUUUGUAAAUAAGAAGAAUUAUUAAUGUUAAAAUUUUGUUUUUAGGUAUUUAUUUUUGAAAUAAAUUAUUGAAUAUU